GCCUUUGCCGCAAGAAAAGGGACCAGACGCGUGUCGGCGGGGAGGGCGAACGUGUGAACGCGUGACGCCGGGGCCAGAGAUGCGAGUCGACCGGGCGCCCAGCCCCGGAUCCAGCUUUUGGCCUUUUUGCCUUGAGACAUCCUCACCGAGACCCAUUUGGUUUGAUUUGAAUGAGAGGAUUGGGACGCCUUCCCAGCUGGAGAGAGAGAGCUGAGCCUGCAAACACACCAAUAACCAGGCCUUUGAAUGAACGGGGAACAUUUGAGAAACUAGGAGCUGCCGGGUCGCAGCCGGGAUUUUAGGCUUGAACCAGCUCAUUCAAUGCCACUGACUCGUGCCUCAACUUCCAGACCUUGCCAUGGCCAAACUAGAGGCCCUCUCUGUCCUUAGUGACCCCAGCUACCGCGGCCAGGAAGCGUUCCGCCCCUUCGAGCCCAGGCUCUCCGAAUCCGCCUCCCAAAGCAGCAUGGGAAGCGUGGGCAGCGGCGUCGCCAGCGAGCAAGAGUUUGCCAUGAAGAGCGUAGGGACCAGGACUCAGAAUGGCGGGCGACAGGUGGACGGGUCCCGGAACAGCUUCGUUCCGCGGGAGAUCUCCAACCGCUACUCCGGGGAGGAGAAGACCUACAAGUCGGAGAAGAUCUACAUCAACGGGGACCUGCGCAAGAGCGAGAAAGUGAAGGCGGAUCUCUGCGGGAACGUGGCAGCCAACAACGAGAAGAACAUCCCACCUCCUCCGCAGUACAGAGAGCCCAAUAACCCACCAAAGAUAUUGCCAAUCUCUGGGAAACUAGACCAGAGCAACGAGCCCUUAGUUAGACCUUCAGCCUUUAAACCUGUUGUUCCUAAGAACUUCCACUCCAUGCAGAAUCUGUGCCCACCGCAGAGCAAUGGAAUAUCCGAGAACCGAAAGACCUUGAACCACACCAACAGCAAUAGCCCUUCCACUGUCAAAAGCGGCCUGGAGAAGCCCAGCCUUAACAGGACUACCAACCCAGCGGGCGGACUCUCCGAUUCGGGCCGCAACUCUUUGACGAGCCUGCCCACGUACGGCACAGGCUACAGCCAGCACGUCGGCCCGAUGAGCGCGUCGACCAGCCACAUCAACCGCAUCGGGACGAGCUAUGGGGACAAGAACAUUGUGGGAUACAAUGGGAUAUCUACCUCAGACAGCGGGCGGUCUUCCAGCAAGAGCACCUCUUCCUUCAGCCGGCUCAACCAUCUCAACGAAACGAUGCCUUUCCACUCUCCUUCCACGGACGACAUCAUCCAGGACUUGGAGGACCGGCUGUGGGAGAAGGAGCAGGAGGUCCUCCAGAUGAGAAGGAACCUGGACAAGAGCGAGGCGGCCAUUUACCAGGUCUUUGAGGAGAAGCAGAAGAUCUGGGAGCGGGAGAUGGACGACCUCCGGCAGAACUACGCCAACAAACUGCAACAGGUCUCCAAGAAGGCCCAGAGGGCUCAGCAGGCGUUGCAGCUCCAGAUCUUCAAGCUCCAGCAAGAGAAGAAGAAGUUGCAAGACGACGUGGCUCAGCUCCUGCAGCAGCGGGAAGAGCUGGAGAAGAAGUUCGUCGCGUUCAAGAAAGAACAGGCUGAGUUUCUUCCCAAAAUUGAAGAGACCAAGUGGGAGGUGUGCCAAAAGGCAGGUGAGAUUUCCCUGCUGAAGCAGCAGCUGAAGGACUCCCAAUCCGACGUCUCCCAGAAGCUGAACGAGAUCGUGGGCCUGCGGACGCAGCUCAAGGAAGGCAAGAGCUUCCUCCGGGAGAAGGAAGAGCAGAUGCUGACUCUGAAGGACUCCUACAGUAACAAGAGUGUCAGCCUGGAUAUCUGUGAGAACGAGCUGCAGCGGAAGAUGACCGAGGUGCAGAUGCUGAGGGAGAAGCUCAGCCAGUGUGAGGCGGAGGUGUCCAGCCUGAAGCAGGCUUUGGCCAGCUUGGGCAGCCCCCACGGCCACGCCGACCCCUCCGAGCUGGCGGAGAAGCUGGUGCGGGGGGACCCCUUGGCCUGCGAGAGCGACGAGGCCAAGAUGAAGCGGCAGAGCGAGGAGAACCUCGGCGCCCUCAAGAAGGAGGUGGAGCGGCUCCAGGCGGAGCUGAAGGCGGAGCGCCAGCAGCGGGAGCAGCAAGUGGCGGACUUCGAAGGGGAGCGCCGCACUUGGCAGGAGGAGAAGGAGAAGGUCAUCAAGUACCAGAAGCAGCUGCAGCUGAACUAUGUGGAGAUGUACCAGAAGAACCAAAUCUUGGAGCACAAGGUGAACGAAAUGACCAGCAAAGUCACCAGCUCGCCGCACACCGACGAGAAGAAAACGUGGACUCCGUCCAGGUUGGAGAGGAUAGAGUCCACCGAGAUUUAAGGAAAGGACCGAGGUGUUUAAAGUACGUUUGUUUUGGGUUUUCUUCCCCUUCGCCCUAAUUACUGUGCAUGUACUUCAGCCGGUGAUCUUCCUAAAGAGAAUAGGCUAUGUAACCAGCAGCAGCAUAGGUUCGUUUGCACUGGGUCCCCUCCAAUCUGGUAUGGUGCUCUACAGGUUACUCAAAAAAGGGGAGAAAAACUAUGAAGGUGUGCUUUCAUGUUGGAUGGAUGGAUGAUCUGACGUGAGGAGUGAAUGCGGUUUGUGUGGCGUGUUUUCUUAUUAUUAUUUUACUAAUUCCAUUGAAAAAUGCAUUGCCAAUUUAUCUAAAGUAGAGGUGGGCAAAGAGCUGGCUGUGGUUUCAUCCAGGAUUGUCUUUGUGGCUCCAAGGUUCCCCAAAAUAUUUUUCAAGGGGUAUUUUUUUUCUCCUCAAAUGCCUUCCAGGGCAUAUGUGGGGAGGGAUUUUGCAUUGUUUACCUCUCCAGGUUAUUUAAAGUCCAAAAGAGACUUUUAAAAAAACAGCAACUGAAUAGGAAUUGAUUUUGGGGCUCUUCAAUUAUUAAAAUGGCCUAAGACAUGGCGAAACAUGAUGGGAGCAACCCUCCAAGGUCACAUAUGUGUGUGGAACAAUGUGGCCCCUUAAACGGUAGCCUCUCUUGCUCUAGAGCAGUGGUUCUCAACCUGUGGGUCCCCAGAUGUUUUGGCCUUCCAGAAAUCCUAACAGUUGGUAAACUGGCUGGGAUUUCUGGAAAUUGUAGGCCAAAACACUUGGGUACCCACAUGUUGAGAACCACUGAUCUAUAGUAUGCAUUAUCGUCAUCCUCGGCCACUUUGUUAUAUUCUGCUCAUGGAGGCAGUCCUAGAUACAUAAAUUAAAAAAUAUAACCGUCUUCAUUUGCCAUGACAUUUUAGCUGCAUUGGUCAGGGAUCUUGAAACCAAUGCACUUGCGGCACUUGCAGGUUUGCCAUUCUUCCCCAUUAACAUAUCAGGAUAGGGAGGCAGGGGGCAAAAUGCAACCCUAUGAUCUCCAAAACAUGCAUCAACAUAGCGGUUUUUGGAACUCUUUUUUUCUAACAUUUUCUUUCCUUGUCCUGCCCCUCCUUUCCCAAAAUGCUCUAAAAUAAGAAAUAUAUUUGGGUUUCUGUGAGCCCCUCGGGCUGCCUGGCUAUGCCCCAACAAGCACUCUCUC